AUGUCCAUGCCGAUCGGCAUCGUCCAAGCUACGCGCGGUUGGCAAAGGCUUGUGAGAUGUGGGGCAGUGAUGGCGUGUACAGCGACGUGGGCAACUUGUGUCUACACAGCCGUCAGCAAAGGCAACAAGGGGUGGAGGCUGGUUGCCUGUCUGGUGCAUGUGGUUGAGUCUACAGCCAACAUUGCCCUCUUGCUCCGUACAAGUUGCAGCGCUAGGUUCCAUCAGUUGAAUGCCGUGGCAAAAAAACGCAUGGAGUCCCGGAGCAGUGCCGCUCAGCAGCCGACCACCACGUGCGACGCGGCGGUGAUCGUGAUGUGCCUUGUGAGCUGGUUCAUGUGCCAUGCAGCGCAGCUUCGGCUUCUGUCCAUGGCCAGCAUCGAUCCGACCUGGCAAGCUUACCUUCUUCCCUGCUUUCAACGCCUCUACCGUGCAGCAUGGUCGCUUUGGCUCUUGCGCCUAAACAAGCAGCUGAAAGACAUGGUGGACAGCUUUUGCCGGAGUUGCGUAAGGUGUCCGGGCAGUUUCGGUGAGGCAGCGGAUCGCUGGGCUUAUGUCACAGCUUUCGCUGGGCAGGUGACGCAAGAGGGUGAUGCGUUGUACGUCGUCAUGUGUGGAACCCUGGUACUGGGAGCUUUCUCGCCCAUGGUGGAAGUCUUCCUCCCAGGUGCAAUAUCCACAGGUCCGGACUGGCCACAGCUGUUCAGCAGCAUCGCAAGCUUCUUCCUCAUGGGCUACUUGAUCAGGAGCGGGGUGGAGGUAAGUGAAAAGUGCCAGAGGGCAGCUGUCUUCAUCAACAGCAUGCAGGGGAGCCUUUCUGCAGACCGCUGGGCUGAACAUCGCUUGUUGGUUAGCUACAUGGAGAGCAGUGAUGCCGGAAUCUUCGUUGUGGGUGCCAAGCUUACACGCUUUUGGUUUUCGCGUGUCCGAUCCCUCCUGAUGAGCAGUGCUUUGUUCCUGUUGGUUCGAUUCCAGACGAUGCCCGAAGACCAUCGAGACCAGCUGACGCAACAAUGGGGUCGGUUUCUGGCCGCCCUGGCCAUCUGGGGCUGA